AACUACAGACAAGGCUUAAUCAGCAUUAGGGCCCAUGUAUGCAUUGGAGGUUGUCGUAACUGAUGAAUCUAUUAUCUAUCACAGAUAUAGUCCUUUAUAACCUAUUGUACACGGACCAGUCCGCAUACUUGAACCCGGCCCAAACACUCUUCAGAGCUUCCGCAGUUUACCCCUUACGUCAUCGCAAUGGCCGACUUCGCGACCGAGAGCGCCAACAGAGCACAGUCAACAGACUCUACUAUCAAGGCCCCUGAGAGCCUAGCUGACCAGUUGGCUACAGACCCUGAUAACACAGGCGAUAGCGUGGUCAGCUCGGCACCUAUCAAUGCUGAGACAGAUGCCGCGAAAGCACCUGAAGAAGAGGCAAAGCAAUCACCACCCAAGCCCGUAUCGGUAGAGGUUGUCCAAGACGCCGAGGGGCCGACAGCAAAAUCUGCGGCGGUGAAUGAUGUUGCAAAGCCAGAGACUACCGCCGCUAACACUGCAUCAAGUGCUCCCAAGGAGGCUCCCCAAGAGAAUGAUGACACCACCACCGGUGGCGCUCAACCAACAGUGACUGAUGGUGAGACAAAGCCUGACACGGUUCCCGUUGUGAGUGAGCCAGCGUCAGUCAAGCCCAAGACCGGUGCGAAGCGCAAGGCAGAAGAGCCUGCAACGACAAAUGGAGAGCCUGGGCCCGAGGAUAAACCAGCAGCAGCACAUCCCGAGAAGAAGCAGAAGUCUUCUCCAUUCAAGAAGGCUUUGGACAAAGUCAGCUCCGCUGUGAAGAAGGGCGGUCGCCCCAAGAAGGAGAAGAAAGAGCCCGCCCCCGUGGGUAGGACUGCCAGAGUAACUCGCAGUCAGGCAAAGACCGACUAAGAUGUACACGGAAAAAGACGUGAACCAUUCAUUCGCUCUUUCUCGGGUUUGUCAUUGUACUAUUUGCUAUUUGGCAAGGAAUAUGG